UUCAAACGGCUUCGGUUUUAGUGCGACAGUAAGUGUUAAUAACAGUGUUUUAAACGUUUUCUUUCUAAAUGUGUGCUUAGAUAAGAUGCCACUGAGCGUCGCAUAAUGAUUAAACACGGGUUUGAAGCUAAAAAACCCUCCAAUGUUGGUUAUUUAUUAAGUAAGAGUAUUUUUCGGGACUGUUUAUCGUACGAGAACAAAGCUUCAUUAACAAAACAAUGGAGUUCGUCGCUGACUCGAUAGAUAGCAAGUGUCAGAGAGGUUCACUGAACUCAGAUAUGCAGACGGAAACAGCAAAGAGGAGGAGACAACCUGACCGAAGCGAGAGCGGGGAGAGGAGAGCAGAGCCGCGGGAUAUCGAAGAGAGACCCGCGGGCAGCAGAGCCCGGAGCUCCGGGGAGGACAAGGCAAGGUCAAAUUUGAGCUUUGACGCUCCGCAGCAGAAACAGAAGCAGGCAGUAGGAGACCGACGAAGAAGGAGGACUGAGAGGAAAGGAGAGGAGGAAGAGGAGUGGGAAGAGAGAGGAAGAGGGAAAGACAGAAGCGGAGGACAUGGGGGGAGGGGAGGGAGGAGGGUGGCGUCAGAAGGGCACGAUGGGGGCGAGGACUGCAGGAGGCUCAGGUGGAGAGUCAAUGAUGUGGAGAAAGAGAAACUGCAGCUGAAGGCGAGCCACAACCAGGAGGUGUGUCGGCUGCAGGCAGAGCUGACCCGGCUCCGGUGUUCGGUGGAGCGCGGCGAGGCUCAGAGGGUGGAGCUUCAGUACCAACUGACUCUGAGCCGCAGAGAUGCCGAGCGAAUCACCGAGCUCAGCAGAGACAAACAGGCGCUCACAGAGCGAGCGGCGCAGCUCCAGCAGGCGGUCGAGGAGCUGCAGAAAGCUCUGGACAUCACGCGGCAGGCCAGCGAGGGAGACCGGCACGCUUCGCAGCGUGAGGUGGAGGAGCGAGAUCGACUGAUUCAGAGUUUCAGCUCUGAAAACCAGAGACUGCACCAACUGCUGAAGGAUCAGGAGGUUGCUCUGGAGGAGUCAGAGACGAGGCUGGCCAAGGUGCAGACGGAGCGAGAGAAGGAGGCCGAGGUGAAAAGACGACGUGCCGACGAGCUAAAGCAGCUGAUGGAGAGAGAGGAGAGGAGCCGCAGGGAGAAGGAGCUGCUGGAGCAGAGGGUGAAGUCUCUUCAGUCGAACAUCGAGGCAGAGCGAGGUGCUCACCUGGAGACAAAGUUCAACUCUGAGAUCGUCCAGCUGCGUGUGCGGGACCUGGAGGCGGCGGUGGCGGUGGAGCGGUCCGGCCAGCAGGAGGCACAGAGCAGCCUGGAGCUGCUGAGAGCUCAGUUCAGAGAGGUGGAGAACGCUUACAGCCGGGAGAGAGAGAGGAGCAGCAGCACUGAGCGCGCUCUGGAGCGGUUGCAGUUAGAGUACGAGCAGUGCAAGUCUGUCAUGAGCGCUGCUUUGGAAACGGAGAGGAAGACGACCUACGACCUCUCAGAAAAACUUGAGGAGGAGGAACGACAGCAUGCAAACACACACUCACUGCUGGAGCAGGCCGUUCAGAGGCAGUGCGACACAGAGGAGGCGUUUGUGACCUGUGUGAAACAGAUCAGAGACGCUCUGCAGCAGCACACCAGCGAACCAUCAGCGCAACCUGCAGAGGAUGAUGGGAAACAGAGUCUUCCUGCUGAAGUCCUGCAGCUGCUGAGGACCACGCUCAGCUCAUACCAGCAGAGGCUGUUAGACACUGACAGACAGCUCCAGGAUCUGCUGCUGCUGUCGGAGAAGCUGCAGGAGGAGAACCAGACUCUUCAGCAGCUGACCUCAGAUCAGAGGAGUCAGAUUGAUGAGUCUCAGCAGGAGACGCUGAAACUGAAGGAGGAGGUGUCUCGCUUACGCCAGGAGAGCUCUGAUUGGUCGACACAGAGUCAAAGCCAGGAGGCCGAGCUGCAGAGAGAGAGGGAGGAGAGGAAGAGAGAACUAGAGAAGGAGAGGGAGGAGAGGACAGCAGACGUCCAGGAGAUAACUGAACACUACAAGAAAGAGUCGACGGCCCAUCUGUCCUUCCUCUACUGCCUCUACCAGCGCCUGCUGGCUGGCUGCGUCCUCCUCGAUCAAUCUCAGAGCAUUCUGGGUAACUUCACCUGGAAGGAGCUGUGUGAUGUCAUCAGCGAGCAGGUGGACCAGCUGACCUCUGACCUCAAGAAAGCCAACAACAAGAUCGCCCACUUGCAGAGCGUGUGCGACAAGAAGAGUGUGUGUGUGCGCGAGCUGCAGCGGAAUCAGGAGUGUGUGUUGUCCCGUCUGGAGGAGAGCGUGAGGAGGAGGGAGGAGGAGUGGAGCAGACAGCACACGCACACUGUGAGGGGGCUGCAGAGCGAGCUGCAGGUCUGCCGCUCUCAGUGCGACUCUCUCCGUGAUCGCACCUCCUCUCUGGAGCAACGCUGUUCUUCGCUGACCUCUGACCUCUCCCAGCUCAGAGGCCUCCUCUCUCGAAGCCGCAAGGAGUCCUCGUCCUUCUUCUUAGCCUGCGCCCUGCUGGGUGGAGCGCUGAGGCACGCUCACCACCGUCUGUGUGGGCUUUCUGAGCAGAAGAAAUUCCUGUGCCGGCAGCUGGCAGAGCGGGAGCAGCUGGAGGAGGAGGUGAGGAGGCUGGUUGAUGCUCUGGAAGGAGAGAAAGACCAAGAGAAGGAGGAAGAGAAGAAGAGAGAGAGGACGAGGAGGGCAACGAAGAGGUGGAGGAGGACUGUGUGUGCUGUGCUGGCAGUGAGGAGGUGGUGUUCGCUGGCCAGGAACACGACAGUGUUGCUUCGUCUGGAGAGAGGAGGCGGAGCUCCAGCUGUCUGCGUCUGUGGAGGGGCGGAUACGGCGACACAGAAGGCUCGAGACACAGCAGACAAAAAGCUGACUGAUGGUCGUGAAGGUCUUUGUGCUCGUUUGUUUGGAUCUAAACGUCUCUCAUCCACCAUCCUGACCUCCAUGUCUGACCUGCAGGAGGCUCUGGGAGACUCUGAUUCGUCCCCUCCACUCUUGCUCUCAGUGGCUUGCGCAAGCUUGUCCCGCCUCCUUGAUCUCCUCCUCGACCAAUCAGAGUCCAGCCUAUCAUCCUGUGGCGUGAAGGAGGAGACACUGAGCAGCCGAAUGAGGCUCGGUCUGAGUAGCCUGACGUCUUUGCAGUCUGACACAAAGCAGAGUUUGGUGUCGGUCCUCCAGCAGCAUUUCCUGGUCUUCAGCCAGCGGCUGCAUUCGGCAGAGGUGGAGAGGCGGAGCCUGCGGCUGGAGGUGGCCAAUCUGAGGAAAGGACUCCGGAAGGAGACGAGCAGAAUGGUGCCAGACGAGCGUUUCCAGAGUGUGUGCGUGGAGCUCCGUCAGGCUCUGAGCAGAGAGCAGGAGGCUCAGAUGCUGAUCCAGGAACAGUCCAACCAGCUGCACACGCUGCAGCGGCAAGUCGACGAAAAUGCUGCCGAGCAAGCUGAAACACAGCGCACACUGAGACAGACCACACAGGUGCUGUCAGAGGCUCGGCAGGAGGUGAAUCGGAAAGAGCGCUCACUGAGGAUUCUGGGUAAGCACCUAUCAGGGAUUCAGAAGGGGAAGAAGCAGGUGGAGGAGAGGCUGCAGCGAGCUGAGGAAGAGCUGAGCGAUGCCAGCAGACGUCGGGACGGUGUGGUCAGCUGCAUGAAGGCUGCAGAGGCGAGUUGCAAGCAGUUCAGGGACAGUCUCGUCCAAUCACAACACUCUCUGAAGGUCAAGCCCCGCCCCUUGCUGUUACCUCACGAGAACCUAGAGUUGAGUGGAGCAGAGAGCAUCAUGGGAGCUCCUGAGGCGACAGCGUGCCAGAGUUUUCUCUCCGCCGUCUCUCAGCUCUGCCACACCUGCAGCUCCAGGAUUGAUUGGCUUGAGCAGGAAGUCUCUGCCCACCGCAGUCAUGUGACAGCACUGCGUAGCGAGCUGCAGGAUGCCUGUCUCCGUGACAACUUGGCCUUUGUUCCUGUUUCUGAUUUCACAGAAACCUUUCCUGUCGCUGACUUGGAAAUACCUCAAGCUGUUCCCCUCUGUGAUUCAAAGAACCCGAUGAUCACUGUAAACCACUCCCCCUCUAAGGUAAACCCCACCCCUCCAUCAAAAGCAAGUUCCUCCCCUACAUCGGCUUCUUGCAAAGUCACCGUGGGUCAAACGAAGUUGAAGAAAGCCACAAAAAAAACCAGAGGCCACGUGAAGAGCGGAGGGCGGAAAUGAUCACAUAUAUAAUGAUACAAACCACAGAAGAAGAAACACUUUUUUGAAGUUGUGGAGGCAUUCUGAUUUUAGAAACUUCUCCUUCAAAUAACCAAAACUUUAUUCAUCUGCAGUAGCGGGCAAACAUGCUCUCUCCACAGCUGUCUGGUGACAGACGCCUGAAGGCCAGAUGGUCGAGCGUUACGACGGCGACUCGGUGACGGAUCAGCAGCUGCCGCUGCCACCAGAGCUGCUGUCACUCAGACGCUACUGCUCGUGUGCUGUGGCCGAGUGCGUUCUCAAAAGAUUCAUGUGAAAGAAAACAUCACAGAGAAAGCGUGAAAAUUCUUCUUUAGUGUGUUCAGUCGGUUUUACUCAGUUACCUCACUGCAGAUUUUCUGUUCGUGUUACUUUUUCGCUCUCGUGUGAGCUGAAAUUUUGUUUGUUUGCACACAGAACUCACGAGCAGAUACAUGUCCAGCUAAAGCAGAAAAACUAAAGAAAUAUAAAAGUAUGUUUUUUGUUUAUUGUAUUUGUUUUUACUUAUUUAUUGUCAGAUUUUCAC